GAACUAUGUAUUUUCAAUACUGGCAGCGAAUUUCGGAACGCAGCCUCAACGACUGGUCAAACAUAUUUUUGAGACUGAACGCCAGAUUAAACGUACUUUUACUUUAUAUACUUGAAAUUAUGAGUUAUUUAUGAGUUAUUUAGAUAGAAUUGACGAAAUAAGGAAUCUCGAUAACAAGUCAGAGAUCUCGCCUUCAAUUGGACCGAUUCAAUGGUCGGCCAUGCGAUCGCAGCCGGUAGAAAUUUUGUUUUCUUAGGCGGUGCUAACGUCCCAAGACACAACGAUGUUGCGAUAGUUCAUCCGUCAACAUUCCUGUGUUGCGGUCAACAACUGUACGAGAACCUGUCAUUAUAAGAGAAUUACAAUGUCACAAGGAAAAGGAGGAAGGAAGAACCGUGGGCAGCAUCACAACAAAGACAAGAUCAAUGUCGGCGACAACGGUAGAGAGGUAUUGGAGAGCAUCGACGAGAACAACCCAGUGAUCAGUCAGUUCCGCGUUUACGCGGCCGACCUGGACGCGAAGCACGACCGAUAUGAGAGGAUCUUCAAGGUCAACCGGGAUGUGGCUAUCGAGAGCAAGAGGAUCAUCUUCCUGCUGCAUACCAUUGACAAGGAGAGCAAGCGAGACAUUGUUCUGGCAGGAGCCAAGUUGAGACUCGACUCUGUAGCGAAGAAGUUAUUCCGAGAUAUCGCACUUGAGCUGGACGGUCAGGACGCGUAUCAGUUCCACAGGGCCUAUCGCGCCGGUCUAGAAGAGUAUGUGGAGGCGUUGACGUUUUACGAAUACCUGGAGAACGGCGGCUGCACGCGUGACUGGACAAAGCUGGAGGAGGCGUUGACAUAUUAUACGACUGUGAAGCCAUCUGAAUCGUCAUCAGAGACGAUCGACCUGGAGGAGAAGCCUGUGACGAAAAUGACGCGAAUGCUGGUCACACCAACUGAUUACAUAAUGGGAAUGGCAGAUCUAACAGGAGAGCUGAUGCGCAAGUGCAUCAACAACUUGGCGGUAGGCGACAUAUCUAGUUGUUACCACACGUGUAACUUUGUCAGGCAAAUGUACAUCGCCUUCUUGGGCUACACGAGUGCGUGUAGCCACGAGAUGAACAAGAAAGUCUUCACUCUCAAGCAGAGCUUGGCCAAAAUGGAGAAAACGUGCUACACCAUCAAGGUGCGGGGGUCGGAGAUCCCGAAGCACAUGCUGGCCGACGUAGCCAUCCGCGGGACAGCCGAAGACUACACCACGGAAGACGACGAAGGAUACCAAGGAUUCUAACGCGUGGGAAUAAAUGUGAUUCAUGUCCUCUUUUUGUUUUUGUUUGAAUUUUCUCGACACGCCAGUCGGCGAUGUCAGGCGAUGAGAGCGAUCAGCACCGGGCUGAUAUAUCUUCAGUAAGCUCUGCUAGAAGCAGAGAAGAGACGAGAGAAGAAAAAGACACACAACAACGGUUGUGAGAUAUACACAAUAGAUAAUAUAUAA